AUGUUGAACCAUGAGGAUCUCCCCAUCUAUAUGCAAAGGGAAAAGGCAAAUUCCACAGCGGUGCAAGCAGUCCCAAGCUGCGAUUUGGGAAAGGGAACAGCAGCGAGGGCAGCAGCUCCCGCCGCCCCAUCUCUCCGGCUGUCCCCGCACGCCGUGCGCCUCCGGAGCAUCACCCGCACGGCCGCACCCAGCGGGGCCGGAACGGCAGCCCGGAGCCAAAAUCCUUCCUUCCCGCCUCCCGCUGCCCCUCGGUCCGCGCGUCCGUCCCCGCUCACCUCGGCCGUGCAGCCGGCGCCGCCAGCUCCCAGCGAGAGCCGCGGCUCCGGCCCCGCUCCGCCCGCCGGCCCCGGCCGCCUCCUGGCCGCGCCCCCGCCCCCGGCUCCUGCUCCUGCCCCCGGCCAGCUCCUGCCCCCGCCUGCCUCCUACCUCUUGCCCCCGGUCCCGCUCCGGACCCCGGCCGGCUCCUCCAGGCAGGGCAGGGCGGGCAGCCCCCCCGGGCGGACACAAAGCGCAGCCCGGGCGGCGGCCGCGGUGCGGGGGAGCCGCUGCCGGGAGAGACAGCCCCAGCCCCGCAAGGAAGCCCGAGCCGUCCCGCCAAGCGCUUUAGGGCUCUGCACAUCAAACUCUUCCUGUGCCCCCCGGGAAGAGCCGCGGAGCGCUCCGGAGCGCGACCCUGCCCGUGCAGGAAGCGCUGCCAGCAGCAGCCAGGGGCGAGGAGGAACCGGGACCUCCGCUCCUGCCCAGCAACUUGUCACCGGACAGCUGCUCCAGACACCUUGUGAGCUGGUGUCAUUAUUCAGGGACUAA